AUGAAGCUAUAAAGGAUCCUACUAUGUGGUGGUCUGCUUUAAAGAAUGAGGUGCCAGUACUUUUUGAAUUUGUUGCUAAAUUUAUGUCAAUUCCUGCUUCAUCAGUAACAACAGAAAGAAAUUGA